UUUUGUAUUUAUAGAGCAAUUUCCUUCGAUGUAAUCCUUGGAGCCCACAAUAUAUCGGAUAACAGUGAGCCAACGAGGCAACGUUCAACUACCUCGAAAUAUGUCGUUCAUCCGGAUUGGAAUAGUACAUCACUCACCAAUGAUUUAGCUCUAAUAGAGCUUGAAACGCCUAUAACACUUAAUGACUUUGUGAGUGUUGUAUCAUUGGCUGUAGGCAAUAACUCUUUUGCUGAUAGCGAGGGUACUGCUUGUGGAUGGGGUAAAACUACCGACAGCCAAGUAGGAACUACUGACGUGUUACGUUAUGAAACUAGUAUCAUUCUAAGCAACGACGACUGUAAAAAUGUCGAUUCUAAUUACGAUGAAGAAAUUAAAAACACGCAUCUGUGCUUAGCGGGUGACGGCAUUAAAAGCAUAUGUAAAGGAGAUAGCGGUGGGCCAUUAGUAGCAGACAAUGUACAAGUGGGAAUCACUUCUUUCAGCUAUCGAAGUUGCGAGGCUGGAAAGCCGUCAGUGUUCACUAGAGUUACAGAAUUCACCCAAUGGAUUCAAGAAAAUUCCGAUGUGAUAUUCGCGUAAUUCGGGAUAAUAUUACUUUACAUUUAAGAUUAAAAUAAUAUGUGAAACACGUUUUCAUAGAUUAUUCACAAUUUUCACGGUGACCACUGCCUGUUGCAGUGAUUUUUUAGCCUCAAUAAAUCUACAACAAUCA